AUGGCCCACAUAUCAGAUAUUAAACUGAUAAGAACAGAUACUACACUUGAUCUUAGCCAAAAGGCCGAGAAAGACAUGAAAGAUUUUGGUGAUAUCAUGAUGAAAGACAGAAAAAUGGACGAGAAAGCUUUCCCCGUUGAAGUGAAGAAAAAAUUCGGGUACCGUUGG